CCAUCUUGUGCGGGAGGCGGUGGCGGCGCUGCGCUGCGCGGAGGAGCGGCGGUCGCGCCUCCCUCCCUCCCUCCCGCCCGCCCUCGCUCCGCCGUCCUGCUGCCGCGGCGCCAUGUCUGCGGAGGGUCCCGAGCCCGCCUCGGCCGAGGAGCAGAAGGAAAUGGAGGAUAAGGUGAUCAGCCCAGAAAAAGUUGAAGAAGCGAAAUUGAAAGCGAGAUACCCUCAUCUGGGCCAGAAGCCAGGAGGCUCAGACUUCUUGAGGAAGAGGCUUCAAAAAGGACAAAAAUACUUUGAUUCUGGCGAUUACAACAUGGCUAAAGCAAAGAUGAAGAAUAAGCAACUGCCUACUGCAGCUCCUGACAAGACAGAAGUCACUGGUGACCAUAUUCCUACUCCACAGGAUCUUCCACAGCGGAAACCAUCUCUUGUUGCUAGCAAGCUGGCUGGCUGACGAGAAGAGCUGAACUGCAUGAUUAUUCUCAUUCCUGUUAUUUCUCCUUAAUAGUUAUUUCUCACCCCUCAUAUCCCCCUCUUUCUUUCUUACACUAAGUCAUGAGACUGACAGCUUUGCAGGUAGCGAUAGCAUGUGCUGCUAUUGUAAGGGAGUACUGUUAAGAGUAAAAUGUGUAGUAUUUGGACUAGUUGAGAACAAUGCACUGAUUAAAAAGGACAAGUUUGGUUAGAGCAAUGUAAUCUACUUGAAAAUGUACAUAUUGCCCAUUUCCUAGUGUAGGACUGGUUCCAGCAAGUGACAUCGCAAGUUUUACAACUUCUAAUGUUUCUGCUUUUGUUAUUUCAUCUUAAUUACAGCAUAUUUGUAUUUAAUAUAACCUCCAGUUGUGUUGGGUUUUUCUUCUGUGUUUGGGUUUGUUGUCUAAAAUAGAGGUUUAGACCACAAGUUGCUAGACGGUAAAGCAUGUAUAAAAACAAAGACAGGGCUCUGAUUGAAUUUUGUUUCUGCUUUUGAACUUGAACGGCCUUAAACCUGUUUCAGCUUUAACAAUAGAGUUUUUACUUGGGCAAUAUUUGCCCAUUCUGGUGUAACUCUUGUGAACCUAGUGCUUAUUGACAACUGCCUGUUGAAGCUGGUAUUCUUUUCAGUUCCGUAGCUUAGGACACACUUUUGUUAAAGAUGUGAAUGAAGUGUGCAUGUGCAUAGACUGUUGAAUUCACUCUUGUGCCAUUUUUGUAAAUACAAUAGUUUUGCACAACCUUUUGCAAACGUCUGUUAGUUUUACAUUCUAAAAAGCAGAUAAUGUGCCAAUCAAAGCACAAGUGAUUCUGUAUCUUUCAAAGUCUUGUCCUGAAACUAAGAGCCCAGAAUCUUGCUACUGAAAGUAAAACUUGUAUACCUGAAAUUUGUGAAACACAUACAUUUACACUUGACUAGGCCUUAUGCUUUUGCAGUUGCAUAUUUUGUUUGGCAACAACAUCCAGCAUUCAAAUAUAAAUCUGAAAUUUGUACCAAAAUUUGGAGGCAAGUGCCCUUUAUGUUCAGCAGCUCUUUAAGCUUUUAAAGCUGAAAUGCUAUGUCUGAUGAUAUGGAAGAUGGCUAAAUGUACUGUUCUAGAGAGUUUCCUGUGGCAGACACCAAAUCUAGGCUUGCUAAGGUUUGAUAUGCAGUUGUCUUUGGGCUAUUUUAGACUUCUGGAAGCAGAAGGGUAAAAUUACUUUUUUUUUUUUUCCUUGGACUCCUGAAGUGGUAUUAAACUAUCUCCUUUUCUCUUUGUUAUACAGCAGCCCCUCACUGGCUUUGGGGAAACAAAGGACUGGAAGUGGUAUUUAUAUAAUGACCUAUUGAGAAAUAGGUAACUUUUCACAUCAGAGAAUGGGAAUGAACUUCAGUUCAUCUUUAUGAUGCAGGUCAUAAGUACUAGAUUACCAUCUAUAAUGUAAUUAAUUUUCAUACAUGUUCUUCAGGAGUGUAAGAAACUCUUUUAAAAGAUCAGUUUACUGAAUACCUUUUUUUAAAGAAACAGUUCUGAAGCAGCCUAUUAAAAACGAAGCACCAAUGUAGGUAUUAUAAGAGAAAACACUUUUAAAGGUGCAUGUUUUUAUAAGGAUGCACUUUGUGUUGACAUAUUCAGAAAGGUCUUGCAGGAUAAAGGACUGCUAGUCAAAAAGAAUGCUGGCCCAUAUUUUUUGCAAUGCUCUCUUCUAAAGGCAAACAUAAGAAUAUGAUCAGGAGGAAAUGAAUACUCUUAAUUUGGUCCUGUUUUGAUCAGAACAUGAGCAAAGUAUAUCGGUAUCUAUAUAAUGUCUUUGGUUCAGAGAAGUCAUUCCAGAGAAUUUUGAAAUGGCUAACCUGAUUCUUUUCAAGUCUGUGUAGCCCUUUUCUAGUGAUUUUGUGGGCUCUGUCAAGCCUUUAUUCCUUAUCCUCCACUAGUACUAUAAAGAAUUUGUGAUUUUUGCAGAACAGAUUGAAGAAACAGACCUACUUGACUUCUUUAAGUAAGAAAUUAGGCUGGGAGACUAGCAAGGAAACUGGAUAUAUUGAAGCAAGCUGCUUUUUAUAGAUGUUUGUCCUAAUGUGAAAAUCCCUCUUUAUUUUUGUAUGUAUAAAUGAAAUUGAAACUUAAUGAUAGGACUGGGCCUGAAAUUAAUUUUAAACAGUUUAAGGUGACUUGCUGUGUAUUGUCUGGUGCCACUAUUCUGUAGCUCACAUAAAGUGAGCUUUCUUGAUGUUUGGGAAGGUUUAAAAAAAAAUAGCCAUUUAAAUUUAAACAUUCCAUUCAGCUAGAAAUCAGCUUGUCCUGCUUGUUGGACAACAUGAGUUCUUCCCAUGUUCACUCGGUGACUUUCAGUUCUUAAGAUUACUACAAAUACAGCUAUGAAUAUAUUAUCCAUGUGUAUAUUUAAAGUACUGUAAUACUAGGUCAAUGACUGAUUACGAGCCUUCACAUCUGACAGACCUCAGCAGCAGACACAGCUAUUUUGAUUCUAUACACUGUAUAAAUCUUAAGUCUAGUAAUCACUUAACAGUAAAUCAAACAUGACAGCAAAUCGAUGCUUACUUUCAGCUUAUUCCAGCAAGAUAACUCAGCUAUCCAAACAUAUGUACAUAAUGUAUUAUAUGAGUUUUACCAUUUGAUAAUUGCCUUUUUCAAAGAAAACCUGUCUGCACUGUAGACUGGCAGUCCCUUUCAUAUCUUUGCCUUUAAAGAUAGACAGUGUUUAGUUUUUAGAGUAAUACUCAUGUAGGCUUAUAAUAGCAGAUAGCACCCACAUUUUGAGAUAGAUAAGUGGAUUAAUUACAACCUCACAGAUAUGUCCCCAAAUCUGUAGCACCAAAGGCUUCCCUCUCAUUGUUCUUGAUGUAGUAGGACAGUGUUUGUGUAAAGGCCACAGGAGUACAUUUUAUUGGACAUAUUUACACCCAGUCAAGAUGUUAAGGUGAUAAAAAUGUCAAUUGUUCUUUACAAACUUACACACUGUAUAGUAUACAGAAUAAAUUGAUCUACUUAGUUUUUAUUGCAA